ACGAGUUUAAAGGAUAAAGAAAAGCUGAGACAGACGUCCAUUCAUACUGUAAAGGUCAGAGGUCAGCUCAGCCAUGUGGAGGGGAGGUGUGAGAGAGAGAAAACAUUUAAAAACCUCAAAAACCCAAAACAGACGGAGCUGAAACAUCCAGAAACCGUCAGGUCUGCAGGUCUCCAGAUCAGAGGAGCUGAAACAUGACCAAGUGUUUCCUGCUGAGCGUGUUCGUCCUCCUGAUGCUGAUUCCGGCAGUUUUCUGUUUCGUUUCAGGGGCUCCGGAGGAUGCAGGUGAAGGCGGGAAACAGAAGCGCAGCAUCCCAAACUGGGCGAUGACCUCCGACGACUUCUUCGGUUGGGUGGAGGAGCUCCGGAAACACGCCGGCUACGAGCAGAUCGAAGAGCUGGCCAGGACCUUCUGGGCUCACUUCCCCUCCGCAGACCGACUUGGGUACGGAGCCCACGAACCAGACGAGUAGAAAGUUCAGUCGGAUGGAGGACGGCGAGAAAGACACGACCUACACGAAGACGAGAAGAAGAACAAGACGGACAUAUCAAUAAAAAAGUUUGUUUUGCCUUUAAUUAGCUUUGAUAACUCUGAAAUAAGAUUACAAUUUUUUUUUCUGACUAAAUAAUAUCAGAUGAAACAGAUAGUAUGAAAAGUGCUGCAGU